AUGGUCCCUCCCCUGGUAGAUGUUUGGACACACCUGGACAUAUGUCCCUUCAACAGCAGUGACCCGUUUGUCCCCAGGACUCGUUUCUUCCCCAGCAGGCGUUGCUGGGAUCCUGCAGGCAGCUCCGGGAACCUACUGAGGGGGGUGACGGUGCCUCAGUACGCCUUCGCUGGGGGUCAGGCCACUCUGAGCUGCUCCUACGACUUGAGGGCCACCAGACUCUACUCCCUCAAGUGGUACCACAACGGCACCGAGUUCUACCGCUACGUCCCUACUGAACGCAACACACCCAUGAACAUCAAGCCCAGCCACAAGUUUUCUGUCACUGAGUUGUUCCGUAACGACCAGCGGGUGACCUUGUCCCUCACGCAGCUGGCCGUGUCAGCGUCGGGUCAGUACCGUUGUGAGGUCAUCGCUGAGCACCCCAGCUUCCGCACCGAGUGGUACCGAGCUACCAUGACCGUCCUCCGUGAGCCACUGUCAGCGCCCGUGUUGGUGGGGGUGAGGGAGGUGUACGAGCCUUCAGAGUUGAUCAAGAUCGGCUGUCAACCCAAGCGGCCCUUCCACGGUGACCACCAGCCUACCCUAGAAUGGUACCUGCAGGGAGACCAGGUCGGGUCCAAGUGGGUGAAGUCCUAUGGUGGCGGGUCACUGCAGGACGGUGGGAUCCCUGGCCUCUCUUUACGUCUCCCCGGCCACCAG